UCUUCUCGUCAAAGCCUGUUCCUUUUUGGGUUUUAGCAACUGGGUUUUUCUUUGUCUCUCUAGAUCCGGAAGGAAAUUGCUUCGUCGUUCUUGCAUUUUGUUGAGAUCUGUGUAAGCUUAGGAGGAGAGGACAACCUCUCCUUUGCAUGAGCUAUCUGUUCUAAUCCUUGUUGUGCGUAAGACGAUUGAAAAAGUAGAGUGCGCAAAGGGUUUUCUCAUGUCGAAAUAGCGAAUUUCUUGUGGGGUAACUAUAAUAUUGAUCAGUGAUUCUCAGUGAGACUUGAACUCGACAUCUAUAACGUGGUUGAGAUCAUGCAAGUGUUUGAUGAAAUCUGUGGUGGUAUUGGUAAGUGGAGUUUAGAGUAGUUCCCAGAAUCUCGGGAGCUAUGUGAUGGGUUGCUAGUAUCUAGUGCGCUUGACUAUUUUCCUCCUCCAUGGCGACGGGAUCUGGCUCUGGAGUUCACCCAGAAAAGGAAAGGGAAAAGGGUGAUAUGCAAAGCCCAGAAGAAGGGACACUUUCUAACUCCAGUCAAAGUAAUUCGGUCAACACUUUGGCGGAUCAAGUAUCGUCAAGUUUGUCUUUUGCUAAUCCAAGUAGUGACGGCAAAACCAGCAGGAGUGCUAGACUUAGCGAGCAGCCUGAUCUUGCUGAGAGCGGGAAGAGUAGCAAUUGUAGACCAAGUACAAGCAGUGAUGUAAGUGAUGAAAGCACUUGUAGCAGCUUAAGUAGCAUUAACAAGCCUCACAAGGCGAAUGAUGUGAGGUGGGAGGCAAUACAAGCUGUCCGGUCCAAGCAUGGUGUUCUGGGUUUGAACCAUUUUAGGCUCUUGAAGAGACUGGGAUGCGGGGAUAUUGGAACUGUCCAUCUUGCUGAGUUGAACGGGACAAAGUGUUAUUUUGCGAUGAAGAUUAUGGACAAAGCUGCUUUGGCUAGCCGUAAGAAGCUUCUCCGAGCUCAAACCGAGAGGGAGAUAUUGCAAUGCCUUGAUCACCCUUUUCUUCCGACAUUGUAUAGUCAUUUCGAGACUGAGAAGUUCUCGUGUUUGGUUAUGGAGUUCUGCCCUGGAGGUGACUUGCAUACCCUUCGACAAAGGCAGCCUGGAAAGCGUUUCCCCGAACAAGCAGCAAAGUUUUAUGUAGCGGAGGUACUCCUUGCUCUGGAAUACCUCCACAUGCUCGGAAUCAUUUACCGUGAUCUAAAGCCGGAGAAUGUUCUCGUGAGAGAAGAUGGGCAUGUGAUGCUUUCGGACUUUGAUCUCUCCCUCAGGUGUACUGUUAGUCUUACAGUAGUGAGAUCAACUGCUCUUGGGCCCGAAUCUUUGCAAAAGAAUUCAGUCUAUUGUGCUCAACCUGCAUGCAUCCAACAACCAUCUUGCAUGGCCAUGGCUCCCACCACAUGUUUUUCUCCACGGUUCUUCUCCAGUAAAUCGAAGAAAGACAAGAAAAUAAAAAACGAGACAGGAAAUCAGGUCAGCCCACUGCCUGAGCUAAUAGCUGAGCCAACAAGUGCUCGUUCGAUGUCAUUUGUCGGCACACAUGAAUACUUGGCUCCUGAAAUCAUCAAAGGAGAAGGCCAUGGAAGUGCAGUUGAUUGGUGGACUUUCGGGAUCUUUCUAUAUGAGCUAUUGUUCGGUAAAACCCCAUUCAAAGGGUCAGGCAACCGGGCUACGCUCUUCAACGUUGUGGGCCAGCCUCUACGUUUCCCUGAAUCUCCUGUUGUCAGUUUUGCAGCAAGAGAUUUGAUUAGGAGCUUGCUUGUGAAGGAACCACAUCACAGAUUAGCGUAUAAGCGUGGAGCAACGGAGAUAAAGCAACAUCCUUUCUUCGAAGGAGUGAAUUGGGCUCUGGUUAGAUGUGCAAGUCCUCCUGAGAUACCGAAACCCGUUGAGCUUGAGAGUGUUCCUGCUCUGACAACAUCUACCAGUGGCAGAUCCGACCCGAGUAAUAAAAACUAUCUGGAGUUCGACUUCUUCUGAGAUUGCUCACUAUGAACUGCCUUAGAUCCUCAUAUGGUUCCUUUGCAAUGGCAGAUCUGUUUUAGUCUGUUGAUGUUCUUAAAAGGGUUUUCAAAAAAUGUGUCGACUUUUAAAUUCUUUUUCACGUUUUUCUUGGAAAAGUUCCGAGCUUUGUAAUUCUGCAACAUAAAAUUGUUCACUCUUUUCUGUGCUGAUGUUUUCUUGCACCCUUCAGUGAAAGAACGUCUUUACAA